CCCGCGAGAGGUCUCCACCGUCUCUCCUGCCGACCCUUAAAACCAACUCUUAAAAUCUUACUCUUCACUUUGUACUGCCUACUGCCAUUGUAGAAUGCCCUUUACAUUUGUUAACGCCUUUGUAAACAUAACAGUGUAAAAGAGCACUUUUAUUUAAUGCCACUUCUGAUCAUAUUAUACGUAAGAUUCUGAUCGUAUUGACCUUCAUUUGAGGGCAAAAGCCAUUCAAGAAAAAAGAAGACUGCCUGCGUUUUGCUGCGUUUUUCUUAAUGAACGAAUGAGAAAUCCAUAAAAAGAAGAAAGAAGAAAUCUAUUGAACAAGAAGUGUAACAAUCUCGUUUUCCCAAAAAAAUGACACUCUUUUAUUAUUUUUACAAGAUACAAAUGAUAAUUGGAUAUUAUUAUUUGUGUGUAAAUGCUGUAAAGAAUAACAGCAGUUGUCAAUGUGGAAACAAGUUGAAUCGUCAAGCAAUUUUCAAUCCUCAAGCAGGAUAUUGUAUUGUGGAUAAUUCUAAAUUGGAUGCAAUUCAUAUGAAAGAGGAGAAAAUGAAGAAAAUGUUUAAGAUAAAUGCUGGGACGUAUUCCAUAGGAACGAAUAAUCCAGUUUUUAUAGCAGAUGGAGAAGGUCCAAAACGUGAAGUAAUAUUAGAUAGUUUUUAUAUAGACAAAUUUGAAGUAAGUAAUGAAGAGUUUGCAACUUUUGUAAGAACUACCGGAUAUAUAACGGAAGCAGAAAGUUUUGGAGAUUCCUUUGUCUUUGAAGGUCUUUUAACGCAAAAUAUAAAGGACAAAAUCAAUGAAACAGUUGUGCAAGCUCCUUGGUGGACACCUGUGAAACAAGCUUCAUGGCAACAUCCGGAAGGCUCUGAUUCAAAUAUCACUUAUAGAAUGGAUCAUCCUGUUGUUCAUGUUUCCUGGCAUGACGCAGUUGCUUAUUGCAAUUGGAUAAGAAAGAGAUUACCAACUGAAGCAGAAUGGGAAGUUGCAUGCCGUGGUGGACUUUCAGAUAGAUUAUAUCCUUGGGGAAAUAAAUUGAUGCCGAACAAUCAGCAUAAAGCCAAUAUUUGGCAAGGCAAUUUUCCUACAGAAAACACUGAAGAAGAUGGAUUCAAAGGCACAUCGCCGGUUACGAUGUUUUUACAAAACAAAUAUGGUUUACAUAAUAUUGUUGGAAAUGUUUGGGAGUGGACAGCUGAUUGGUGGAUAACGAGGCACUCGAGCGAUCGACAAACAAAUCCUUUUGGUCCAUCUAGCGGUAACAAUAAAAUAAAAAAAGGUGGCUCUUAUCUUUGUCACAACAGUUACUGCCACAGAUACAGAUGUGCCGCACGUAGUCAAAAUACACCCGAUACAUCAGCUGGAAAUUUAGGCUUUAGAUGUGCUAUAUCGGCAUAGGUAAAUCAUUUAUACUAAAAAUUAGAGACAGGAUAUGUAAAGAUUGAAAAUAUAUUAUAAAUACAAUAUUGUGUGUAAAUAAGAUGAUAUUUCUUCUAUAUAAAAUUAGAAUGAAUAUCACAUACACACACACACACACAUCUUUUAAAAUUUUAUUUCUUCAACAAAACAUAACAUUAUAUAAAAAAAUAUAAAAUAUAAUAUAGAAUAAAAUUAGCUAUUUAUUAACUAAUAUUUUUCGAUGAUAUUGUUUAUGAGAGAUAAUUGUUAAAAAAAUUACCCUUUCAAAAAAAGAUUUAAAAAAUAGUGCUAGAUCCAUGCAUUUGUUAAAAAAGAUUGUUGUAUAUAAAAUGCUGCUGUAAUAUGUAUUUCCCAUUUAAAUGUUUUUUUCUACAAAAAAUGAUAUCAAAUUUCGCCCAAUUAAGAAUAAAAAAUAUGUGCUAUAAAAUUUA